UGACACAGUAUCUUAUUGUUAACAAUUUAUUACCUCGUUUACUCUAAUCUAUCAUCAAUUUUGUCCGUUAGCAAGUAUGACUUGAUGAUAUGAUUUGAUGAACGUUAUAUGAACAAGUGUUUCUUUUUUUUUCUUCAAAUUACAAAUAUUUCUUAUUCCAUUGUUAUAUAUAAGCACGGAUGUUGAUAAAUCUUGUACGUUUUUCCAACGUGUUACCUUCUCACGUGUUACACGUUCUCAUUCGUCAAGGAGCCGUCGAUUUCUCUAAUAAUGUUGCGGAUAAUCAUUUUCUUAUGUACGAUAACUGUGUCUUUCGUACAAUGCAAAAAACUUCACGAAUACAUGACACCGGAAGAAGUAAUGGGAAUAUUUCAUACGAAUCACGAACAAGUACCGCAUUACGAGGUCGUUCCAAUAAAACACACUGCCCACCGAAGAAGUUUGGAGGAUAAUCAAGAAAUACAAUUGAAAGCAUUCGAUCGAGACAUUAAAUUGUAUCUAAAUCCUACGGAGGGAAUACUUGCUAGCACACGCACCCCUGUUUGGACUGUGUCUUCCGAUUCAGAUUAUCCCGAAGGAUUGAAAUAUACUUUAAUACCGCACGUAAGUAGAGAUAUUUUUAUAGAUUAUUUUAUUACAACGAAAUAUUUUCGAUAUUUCUUGCAGGCUAUGCGAAAUCUAGGUCAUACAUUUCACGAUAUGAAUAACACAGCGUCGAUACUGAUGAACUUGGAUGCUAAUAAAAGAUUGAUAAUCGACGGAAUUAUUGGUAUUACCAAUACGAUCAUUCGAUCUAUACCCGAACGAAUUUUACAAGGCCUACUUUACAACGGAGAUAAUUCAUACGAGCCUCAUCAUACUGAAAAUGUAACUGAAAAUGACGAGCACGCUUAUACUUAUCAUCACGUUAUUUAUCAAAUACCGGAAGGGAAGAAAAAAAAGUAUAAAGACUUUAGUAAGUUCCAAACCGCUUAUGCUGCCUUCUUCAACAAUUCGAUUCUAGCAAUUGGAUCUCGAUUCAUUCAUAAUAUAACAUUUGCAGAAUUAACAAAUUCUAAGAAAUACGAUAGCAUUGUAAAAGAAAAGCGUAAUGUACCGGAUGUUAUCUAUCCAGAAGUUUUAAUCAUAAUGGACAACAGCGAAUAUGAAUUGGUUGGCAGAAACGUGAAACACGCUAUGAGAUAUAUCCUUUCGUUUUGGAACGGUGUCGAUUUAAGAUACAGAUUAUUAAAUAAUCCUAAAAUUCGAUUCAACAUUGCCGGUAUAGUUAUAGCCUUGGAUAACGAUGCAACUCCGUAUAUAGAAAAUAAUCGAUUAGAAGAGGAAUCUCUUUUGGUAGACGUCGAUAAAGCCUUACGCGAAAUGGGAGAUUAUAUUUAUCGAGAGACAAGAUUUCCAAUAGGUUUCUUCGACAUAGCGAUCACUAUGACACAAUUAGAUUUAUGCAACAUGUUUGAUGAUUAUUGCGAUGAUUCGACCCUAGGUUAUGCAUACGUAUCAGGAGCAUGUAAUAGACAAGACGAUAAUAAAACUUCCGAAAUGGCUAGUAUCGUAGAAGACAAUGGUGGUUUCAGCGGAAUUAUACCAGCUGCUCAUGAAGUUGGCCAUCUAAUCGGAGCAAGACACGACGGUAAUCCCAAAUACGCUACCAAUUGUUCGGCGGAUGACGGAUUCAUUAUGACCAGCGGACUAUUGCUCAAUGAAAAUGGAUUUCAAUGGUCCAACUGUUCUAUACAAGCAUUUUAUACAUUCCUCAACGAAGAAAGAGCAAAAUGUCUUUACAACAAACCCGUCCGAGGUCCUCCGUUACCACGAAUUCUACCUGGCAAAUUAAUGUCACUAGAUUAUCAGUGUAAAAAAGUCCACGGACAUGGAACAAGAGCGUGCAAUCCCGAUCAUACCGCCUGUAUUAGAUUAGAUUGUUUAGUACCAGGAACCACGAGAGCGUGUACAGCUAUAGCUCCAGCAGCCGAAGGCUCUUCUUGCGGAAAUGGUGUUUUUUGUCUUAAUGGUAAGUGCGUCCUGGAAGGAUCUUAUAUGAAAUCCGACGAUAAAAAAUCCUGGUCUAAACAUUUCGACCCAUUAUUUAAGCUUCAAAAGAUUGUAGAAUUAUUUGGCUAAUGGAAGACGAGACGCUUUAAAAAAAAAAAAAAAAAAGCACGCAA